AUGCAAUCGCAGGCCCAGCUGAACACUCUCAAUGCCGCCGUGGACAACACCCUCAGAGAAGAACACCAUGCUCCUCCUUGUGUCCUCUGGGAAGUCUACACUGGUCGUGCAGGAUUAUCGCAAGUCGCUGAGGCCAUUGGCGUGACGACUGUCAAGACGUUCGGCUACGAGACAGGAUGGAACUUCACGCUGCAAUCACACCAGCGUGCCUUCCUGGCCCUUCAAGACGAAGAAAU